UCGCUCCCGCCCAUCACCAUGCUCCUUUUUGGGAUAACUGGCAGAAAACGCUGCAUUUGGCGUUUCAGUGCAUCGGAGUGAUAUACGGGGACAUCGGGACUUCCCCAUUGUACGUGUACUCCAGCACGUUCAGAAAGAUUGACAACAAAAACGACAUCCUCGGAGUUCUGUCCCUCAUCAUCUACACUAUAAUCCUCGUACCAAUGCUCAAGUACGUCUUCAUUGUCUUGUGGGCAAAUGACAACGGCGACGGUGGAACGUUUGCGCUGUAUUCGGUGAUGUGUCGGCAUACGAAGGUGAGCUUGCGGCCGAACGAGGAGCCGGAGGAUAGAGAGCUGUCAAACUACAGGCUGGAGACGCCAACGAAUCAUCUGAGACGGGCGCAGAAGAUAAAGCAGAAGCUAGAGUCGAGUAUGGCUGCCAAAACUGUGUUGUUUCUGGUCACUAUCCUCGCAACUUCAAUGCUUAUCGGAGAUGGAAUUCUCACUCCUUGCAUCUCAGUUCUUUCUGCAGUGAGUGGGAUCAAAGCCCUCGGUGAAGAUACUGUGAUGUGGGUUUCUAUUGCGAUAUUGGUGCUGCUCUUUAGCGUGCAGCGAUUUGGAACAGAUAAAGUGGGAUAUGCGUUUGCGCCAGCCUUGUGUCUGUGGUUUUCCUUCAUAAGUGGGAUUGGUCUGUACAACCUUUUUAAGCACGACAUCAUGGUUCUGUGUGCUUUCAAUCCCAUGUACAUAGUUGACUACUUCAGCAGAAAUGGUAAAGAAGGGUGGGUUUCACUUGGCGGAAUUGUUCUAUGCAUCACUGGGACCGAAGCCAUGUUUGCUGAUUUGGGCCACUUUAAUAUUCGAGCUGUUCAGAUUAGUUUCUCGGGAGUUGUUUUUCCUGCCGUGCUGACUGCGUAUUGUGGCCAAGCAGCAUAUCUCACCAAGUAUCCUGAUCACGUCGCCAAUACAUUUUAUGAAUCAAUCCCUGAUCCGCUGUAUUGGCCGAUGUUUGUUGUGGCUGUGUUGGCUGCUAUUAUUGCCAGUCAAGCUUUGAUAUCUGGAGCAUUUGCGGUCAUCUCCCAAUCUCUAAGCUUAGGGUGUUUCCCAAGAGUGAAGGUGAUUCACACUUCUGCUAAGUAUGAAGGUCAAGUCUAUAUCCCAGAGAUCAAUUGGAUCCUCAUGAUCUUAUGCGUUGUCGUCACUUACAUCUUCAAAACUACAACACAGAUCGGCCAUGCUUAUGGGAUUGCUGUGAUGAGUGUGAUGGUGAUCACCACCUUCAUGGUGACUCUGAUAAUGCUUGUGAUAUGGAAGACAAACAUCUGGUUGGUCGCAUUGUUCUUCUUGGUGUUCAUAGGCAUUGAAGGCCUAUAUCUUUCGGCGGCUUUGUACAAAUUCACCCAGGGCGGGUACCUGCCGCUGCUAUUGGCCUUGGUUUUGAUGAUCGUGAUGGGGAUAUGGCACUACGUGUACAAAGAACGCUACGCGUUCGAGCUUAAGAAUAAGGUUUCAGGCGAGUACGUGAGGGAUUUAGCCAAUAAUCCGGACAUGAAAAGAGUGCCAGAAAUCAUGCUUCUAUACUCCGAGCUAGUCCAAGGAAUUCCGCCGAUUUUCCCCCACUUUGUCUCCAACAUCCGAUCGCUUCACUCGGUGUUGGUUUCAAUAAAGAAUCUCCCCAUUAGUAAAGUGGCGGCGGAGGAACGGUUUCUGUUCCGGCAGUUUGAACCCAGGGAGUACCGCGUGUUCCGCUGCGUGGUCCGGUACGGCUACAAUGACAAAAUCGGAGAGUCCAAGGAGUUCGAGGGGGAGCUAGUGAGUCACCUCAUGGAAUUUAUCAGGGACGAGCAUUUCAUGGCUCCCGAAAAACCUUCGCCGGCGGAUUGGGAAGAAGAAGUGCAGUUUGUGCAGCGUGCGACGGAGCAAGGCGGCGGCGUGUUCUACCUGCUGGGAGAAGCGGCGGUGGAGGCGAAACAGGACUCGUGGUUUUUCAAGAAGUUGGUGGUUAACUACCUCUACAGUUUCCUGCGCAAGAAUUUCAGGCAGGGAGGGGAGAAAGUUUUUGCGAUUCCUCAAAAUCGGCUUUUGAGAGUCGGCAUAACUUACCAAAUAUGAUCGAUGUUGUGUUAGUUGCCGAUAUGACUUACCAAG